AGUUUUUUAUAUUGAAUAAAGAACAAAAGAGGUUUUCCUCGCAAAAAUCACUCUCGGCUAUUCUUGUGAAUCAACGAGUUUUGAUUUUAUCUUCUUCCGCCCGCGCGCGCUGCAUCAGAUUGGUAUCAGAGCACGGUCGUUCUUCAGGGAUGCCGCCAAGGAGACAGGCGCGCCCUGCUGGCUGUGACCGUGAUGGCGAGGAUGAUGAUUUUGCUGAGCUGCGGCGUGAGCAUGCUGAGGUUCGCCGUGACAACGACGACUUGCGGCGGCAGGUAGAGGUAUUGACGCAGCGAAUGGAUGAAGUCCUCCAGCGUCAGUAUGAUGACGUUUCCAUAGUGGACGAGAACCCUUUUGCGGCUCUCCCGAAUCGUUCACCCAAUCGCCCUAACAAUUGUUGGGAGCAGGGUUUUAGGGUGGAAAUUCCCCCGUUUGAUGGCACUCUUAAGCCAGAAGAGUUUGUCGAUUGGCUCUCGCAAGUGGAAGAAAUCCUGGAUUUUAAGGAGGUCCCCGUGAACCAUAGGGUUUCCCUUGUCACGAUUCGGUUGCAUGGACGCGCACAAGCUUCGUGGCAGCAGUUGAAGCAGACUCGUGCGCGGCAAGGCAAGGAGAAAGUUUCUGACUGGAACAAGUUCAGAAAACAUAUCAGGGCGGCGUUCUUACCCUACAAUUUUGAUCGUGAAUUAUAUCAGCGGUUUCAGAAUCUUCGUCAGGGCCCUCGUAUUGUCGAGGAAUACUCUGCUGAGUUCUACUCUCUACUAGCACGUGUGGAUUCUAAUGAGUCUCCUCUUCAGCUGGUGUCUCGCUACAUUGGUGGGUUGCGCCUCCAAUUUCAAGACGUGCUUAAUAUGUUUGAUUCGGUGAAUGUGGCCGAGGCGCACCAGCAGGCAUCCCAAGUCGAGAAGCAGUUCUCCCGACGAAACACGCCCUCCUUCAGGCAACCGGCGAGCAUCCCUAGCGGCUCCGCUCCAGCGUCACACCCGGCAAGGGAGGCAACUCCACCAUUCCACAACUCGGCGAGCACCCAACAGGCCGCCUAGGUGGGCUUCGCUAUUUUAACUGCGGGGAGACUGGUCAUCGCCAAUCGGAGUGUCGCAACCCGAAGCCUAACACUCGGGGACUUUUCACAGAAGCAGAGGAGGCUGGGCAAGAGGAUCUUUGCGAUGCCCACCCAAUCUAUGACGAUGAUGAUUCUGAGGAACACGUUGUGGGGGACAUUGGCCCUCUACUAGUGCUGCGACGCUCCUGCCUAACCCUGCAUCUGCCCGACACUGAGUGGUUGCGCAAUAACUUGUUUCACUCAACCUGCACCAUCGGCGGCAAGGUGUGUUCUUUCAUCAUCGACGCGAGCAGUUGUGAGAAUAUGAUCUCGGAGGUGGCGGUGUCUAAACUGGGACUCACGACGGAGCCACACCCCAAGCCCUAUCGCCUGUCCUAGCUUAGCCAGGGUACUGAUGUCACUGUCUCUAAGCGUGUAUUGGUCAACUUCUCUGUCGGCUCUACGUACUGCGAUACGGUCUACUGUGAUGUGGUCCCUAUGGACGCAUGUCAUCUCCUCCUGGGUCGGGCAUGACAAUAUGAUAACUCAGUUUAUCAUGACGGGCGUGCCAACACGUACUCCUUCCUCUUUCGGGGAACAAAAAUCAUCCUCAUCC